AUGCCAGUGGCUAGAAAGUCCCAAGAUUCUCCUCGCAAGAGAACAAAACACCAGGAGCUGCCUGCCACUCCUCCGGCCGAGGCCGAUGAGCAGCCCGUCGAGCAGAUGACCGAAGAGGAAAAGCUCCUCCAGGUCGGGGAUCAGCUGAAGCAGAACCUCAACAACUCUCAGCAACAAGAGGGUUAUGACCAGGAUCGGAGAGACCUGCUGCAGCAGGAACAGACAGAGUCUUGGGAUAGGAAAUCUAAACUUUCCGCUUCCGAAGUUGAGAAUCGUGCUGCCCACAUUGUGUGGAAGAUACGAGAACACGAGCGCGACAAUCUCUUCGGUAACCUGGCCACCGAAGCGGUCCCGGAUGCAUCUACCAGGGACAUGGGCGGCCAGUUCCUUACCAACAAGGAGAGGAUCGACCGUGAAAGCAAGCUGUUCGAAAUAGUCAAGCAUAUGCCUAAGGGUGCACAUCUGCAUGCCCACUUUAACGCCGAGCUUCCCGUUGACGAGCUUCUGGAGCGUGCGAAAGGGAUGGAUACAAUGUUUGUCAGAAGCAUAGUACCCUUACUGGCGCCCGAGGAUUUCAACAAGACCGAAAUCGUCUUCACCGUCCUACCCGCAAACCACCCAGAGGCAGAUUUGUUCUCCGAGGACUACAAGCCAGACUUCAAGAACACGACCAACAAUCCUUGGAUGAAAUGGACCAAUUUUCAGAGAAUAUUCAGCGAUCGAAACGGCGGUACAGAUGCCACAGCAUGGGUCAGGACGAAGAUGAUCCUAUCAGAGGAAGAGGUAUACGGCACGUCACAGACGGUGAAUGGUAUUUGGGCGCGUUUCAACCAGGCCACAAGGUGUUUCAAGGGUCUCCUGAACUACGAAAGCACUUAUCGUUGGUACGUGAAGAGGGCCAUGGAGAAUAUGGUCGAGAACGGUAUUAUGUACGCUGAACUGCGGCCCAUGCUCAUGGACAAGACCAUCCCAUCCGAUGAUGGCCUGAGGCAGAUUGAUCUUGAAGGACAAAUGACCAUCAUUCGAGAGGUCAUUGCCAAAUUUCGAGAAGAGCUCGACUCCUCUACGGCUUUCGAGGGUAUUAAGAUCAUCUAUUGUACACCGCGGUCCAUCCCGAAAGCGAAGAUGCAAUCAGAAUUGGAAGACUGUAUAAGGCUUCGAAUCAAGUUCCCCGACCUCAUCUGCGGUUUCGAUCUUGUCGGUGCCGAAGACCGACCAAAUCCGAUCGGCUUCUACCGUGACGAACUCCUGUCCUUCGUCAAGACAUGCGACAAGCUCGGUAUUGAGAUCCCAUUCAUGUUCCACGCAGGAGAAACUCUUUUGGACACUGGCGGCACCAAAGACCCUGAAAACUCGAAUCUUUACGAGUCCGUACUGUUGAAAGCCAAGCGUGUGGGACAUGGGUUUGCUCUACCUAAGCAUCCCAGGCUCAUUGAGAAGUUCAAGCAACAAAACAUCUGCGUCGAAAUUUGUCCAGUCUCGAAUGAACUUCUCCAUUUGUGUCGCAACGUCAAAGAACACCCAUAUCCAGAGAUUUUGGCUGCCGGAAUUCCCUGCACAAUUAAUGCAGACAACCCAGCCUUGUUCGGAGCCGAUAUGAACCAUGAGUUCUACCAAGUCAUGGUUGGCACGCCCGUCAUGAGCGUGCACGGCUGGCGCCAGCUCAUCGAAUGGAGUAUCGAGUACAGCUGCCUCGAAGACGAGAAAAAGCUACAUGGCUUCAAGUUCUUCAGGGAACAGCCAGUCGCUCUAGACUUCCCCCAAACCUCGGUCUUCACCGUCUCCACCAAGUCCGAGGAGGUCGUCAAGCUUAGCGGUGAGGAGCGCGACGUCGAGGGCCAGCCCAAUCAUCGCCACAAGGUGCUCGGGAACGGUGCGUACUUUGCUAGCAAAGGCAUCUUGAACACAGACGGCUAG